AUGUUAAAAUUUAAAAAUUUAUACAAAUUAUUAAUAUAGGUAAAGCGAACUCCAAACCCAAAUUUUCUAAAAUUCAUUCCAAAUGGUAAAUUAGUAAUGCAAAAUGGAACUUACGAUUUCUCAAGAGCAAAAGAGGCUUAAUGUUCACCUCUUGCUUAAAAUCUAUUUAAAAUAGAGGGAGUGACAAGAGUGUUUUAUGGUAGGGAUUAUAUAUCAAUAUCUAAAAAUUAAGAUAGUAAAUGGGAUGAUUUGUAACCUAAGAUUUUUGAAUUGAUUACUGAAUAAUAUAAAUAGAAUGAAGAUGGUUCUGAAAAAUAAUUAAUUUUUGAUGGUUUUUCAUAAGGUUAAGACACAAUAAUAAAUGAAGAGGAUAGUGAAGUUAAUUUUAAUGUAAUAUUAGGCUGUUUAAAUGAUUAAAGAGAUUAUUGAUAGUAGAAUUAGACCAACAGUUUAAGAGGAUGGAGGAGAUAUUGUAUUUAGAAAUUUUGAUGAAUAGAAUGGAAUUGUUUAUUUAUAUAUGAAAGGAUCUUGUGCUGGAUGUCCAUCUUCAGGAAUUACUUUAAAAAAUGGAAUUGAAAAGAUGCUAUGUCAUUAUAUAGUGGAAGUUAAAUAAGUAAUUGCAGAAGAUUAUGUAGGAUGUGAUUGA